AUGCACCUGGGUAAUGUCAAAAAUGUGGAGGAUUUGUUCUUAAGUAAAGGAGAAUACAAACAAGUAUUCCUUUGCUUAAAGAGAAAUGAAAAUACUGAGUCAAUACAAAUAGAUAUAAGUUGUGAUAGUAAUAUUUAUAAUAUCUUACAAUUAUGUCGAGAAAAAUAUGGAAUUCACGGUGAUUAUUUAAUAGAUAGUUGUGGGAAUAUUGUAGAAAAUAUUAAAGACAUAAUAGAUGGUGAUACAUUAUAUUUAAAAGAUAGUAAAGAUAAAUUCCAUUUUUUAAAUCAAAUAAAAUCAAAUAAUUUAAUAGUAAAUGAUUAUAUAGUAGAAAAAAAAAUAGGAUCAGGGGGAUUUGGUAUCGUAUUUCAAGGUAUACAUAUACAAACUAAACAAAAAGUUGCAUUAAAAUUUAUACCUAAAAGUAAUUUUUUAGAUGUUACAGAUGUACAUAGAGUAUUUAUAGAAAUACAAACAUUAAGAGGUUUAAUACAUAAAAAUAUAAUUAAAAUGUAUGACGUUAAUCAUUUUCAAAAUUAUGUUUGUCUAAUUAUGGAAUAUGCUGUUAAUAGUGAUUUAAAAAAAUAUAUAUUAAAAAAUAAUGGAUAUUUAUCUGAAAAAGAAACCUAUUUAUUAUUUUUGCAAAUAGUUAAAGGGGUAUAUUAUUGUCAUUCUAAGCAUAUUGUACAUAGAGAUUUAAAAUUAGAAAAUAUUUUACUUGAUGAAAAUAUGACAUGUAAAAUUGCAGAUUUUGGAUUAUCUGAUUUUGUUAAUAUUGAUCAAAAUAUUAAAACAGAAGCUGGAACAAAAUUAUAUAUUGCACCUGAAAUUAUUUUUAAUCAAACUACUAAUUAUUCUGUAUUUAAAUUAGAUAUUUGGAGUUUAGGAAUAUUAUUAUUUAUUAUGACUCAAGGUUACCCUCCAUUUGUUGAUGUUGGUAAAGAUAUCAAAUAUUUUGAGCAAGCCACUCUUAAAUAUUCAAAUGAUAUUUCCGACGACCUAAAGGAUCUCAUAUCUCUAAUGCUAAAUGUCGACCCAAAUAAGCGACCCAUAAUUGUAGAAAUUUUAAACCAUAGAUGGUUCUAUCGAUAUUCAUAA